AUGGCCUCCACUAGUAUCACUUGUAUUUCUUCCAUCUUGGAUAAUCUGCAAGCGCUGGAGAACGAUUGUCCAGAAUUUCCAAAUGGGCAGCAGAAGUACCUGAAACGCAUGCUAAGAUAUCUGAGAACAUUUCUUCUGUGUGCGAGAAAAUACAGCAACGAUGAUGUGCAAUUACCAUUUGACAACAAAAUGAACCAGGCAGAUAAUCAUUAUGCAAGCCUAGAAGCUCUGGCAGUUCGGAUUGGAGAUGCCAUUCCCAAGUGGGCAAAGGAGAUCCAAUCUUCUGAUCAGCCUUGGGAUACGGUCCAUGAUUUAGAAAAAGACAUUAAAUCCUUCGAACAAGAAAUUUGCGAAUGGUAUGUCUUUUUCUUGGGUUCCUCGUCACAGCAGUCCAGUAAUUCGCUCGUUCGAAAAGAUGACCUCAUGGAAUUCAUGGAUUCUCUUCUGGAGAAUCUAGUGAAUUAUUGGUCAUGGAUUCGGCCGGCACAUGAAGUUCGACUAAUUAAAGCCCUUGAAGAGAAGCUGGCGUUCAUGAAAAACUUCAUCCGUUUUGUCAAACUGUAUGGUGUUCAAAACACAGAAUUGGGACCUUUGUUGGUUCACACUGAAACCGUGGCUAUCAAUGCAGCACGCCUCUCUUAUAAGUGCCAGUUUAAGAAGGGUUUCGGACCGCCCAAGGAUGUCGUGGAAAGCAUUUCGGAACUGCUGCAGAAGAUUAUUCCUGUUGAACAUCAAGUCCUUGAGACUUGUAUCCAGGCCCUGGCUGCUUCAAAGUUAUCAAGACAAUCACAUGGAGACACAGAUGAGCAUCUGUUGAGAGACUUCUUCCAUUCCCUCCUGUGUAAUCUUUGGGAGAAACUAAAGCAUGGUACUUGUCCUGUGAUUUUGCGUCAGCUGCAAAUGUUUUACGAGGGGUUAAAUUCCUUGAGAACCAUUUUGAAGGAGAAGCCAAAGGAGUUCGAUGAGAAAGUAAGAGAUCCUACUCGAGUCGUGAAAUGUUAUGGAGGAGAUUUUAUUUCCCCACUCUCUCUGAAUGCAAUCAAAGACGCCAUACAAGCCAAGGAUAUGGAUAUUGUGUGUUCUGAGUUAUUGGAAAUAAUUAAGCUCAUCGAUGCAGUAAUCACAGAGAAGUGUCCAGAAUCAUCAUCAUUCAAUUUUCCUAAGACCAAUGGACUGGGCUUUGUUGAUUCCCUUCUGGAAAAGAUGAUGGAUGUGACAAGUUCUGAGGCUGGCUCGAUUGCUUUGAUCGAUCAUCCAAUUCAAAAAGUCCAGGAAGAACUUGUUUGUUUACGCUCUUUGCUGAGGAAAAUUGUGAAGCUGCACAAUGAAGACGAGGACGUCCAGGCAAUUUGGAAUCGUAUUGUUGGGGUGGCAUAUAGGAUAGAGUUUCUUAUUGACUCCUUAAUAACUGGAAAUAUCUUUGAUUCUUCUUCAAUGUCCAUUCAUUCCAUUUUAGAAGAAAUGAACAUCAUUAAAGCUGCAGCCUUGAAGAUUUGUGGUAGCGAAAGACUUGGUGGAGAAGUAAAGGAACUAACGAAGAGAUUCAAUCACAUGCCACAACAAGGAAGUAAGCCAAUAGUCAAUGAUGUGGUGGUGGGAUUCGAGGAUGAGACGGCAUCGAUAAUCAAUGGACUCAGAAAUGGAUCAUGCCAAGUGAAAAUUGUUUCCAUUGUGGGUAUGCCGGGAUGCGGUAAGACAACUUUGGCUAGAAAAGUGUACAAUGAUUCUUCAAUGAAGUCCCAUUUUUAUGAGCGUGCUUGGUGUACUGUUUCUCAAAUAUAUCACAAGAGAAAUCUGUUGCUUCAAAUUUUGACUUCUAUUGAGUCCAAGCUUCCUGAGGAUGUUUUUAAGAUGGGUGAAGAAGAUCUGGCUCUUCAAGUCAAAAGACGUUUGCUGAAAAACAGAUAUCUCAUUGUUUUGGACGAUGUAUGGGACAUUGAUGCAUGGAACGGAUUGGAAGCCUCAUUCCCUGAUGAUGGAAAUGGAAGUAGAGUUAUCUUGACAAGUCGGCUCCGUGGUGUUGCUUCCCAAGACCAACUCGACCAUGAACCAUAUUCUCUUCGUCAACUCGCUCCUAAUGAGAGCUGGGAUUUGCUAAAAGGGAAGUUAUAUCCUGGACAAGAUUUGGCUCCUCCAGAACUAUGUGAAAUUCGACAGCAAGUCGUGGAAAUGUGUCAAGGACUACCUCUUACGGUUGUCAUUCUUGCCGGAAUUCUCUCAAGGAUGGACCGACAUGAUUGGAAAGAAGCUGUGGAAGGUUUAAGUUCAAGGAAUGUUUCUAGUACGGAACAAUGUACCGCUACAUUAGAGCUGAGUUACAAACAUUUACCUGAUACUUUGAAGGCAUGUUUUCUUUAUUUUGGAGCCUUUCCAGAAGACCAUGAACACAAUACCAAGAGGUUGAUUUCUCUAUGGGUCGCUGAAGGUUUUGUUCAAAAAACUCAUCCCAAGAGAUCAGAGGAUGUGGCAAAUGAUUACCUGAUGGAACUUAUUAGCAGAAGCUUAGUCACAGUUUCCAAACCAAGAUCCAUUGAUGGGGUCAAAGCCUGUCGCAUUCACGAUUUGUUGUAUGAGUUUUGCGUGACAAAAGCCAAAGAAGAAAACUUUUCACGGCUGGUACGCAGGGAUGAUAAACUAUCUGAUAUCAAUGUGCCAUUCUUCCUACGCCGCUUAUGCAUUGAUUCUAAGGUGGAGCACUUUGACAACUUGAGGUAA